GUUCAUUAAAACGGUGUUAUUUUUCAGAUAUCCAAAUAUUUAUUUUAUGUUUUACUUGCGUUGAAUCUAAAUUAUUUCCGUCCGAUUAGGUUCCCAAAUAUUAUACUUAAAAAUGACAGAAGCUGUGGCAACCGGAGAUAAAAAGCCGGAUACUGUCCCUGAAACUAAGGGUUGGCUGUUUAAGUGGACUAAUUAUAUCAAAGGAUACCAGAAGAGAUGGUUUGUUCUCCAGAAUGGAUUAUUAUCCUACUACAGAAACCAAGCAGAGAUGGCCCACACUUGCAGAGGAACCAUAUCUCUACAUGGGGCAAUUAUACAUACAGAGCAAUACAGCUGUAAUUUUGUUGUAAGUAAUGGUGGUGGCACACAGACCUUUCAUCUUCGAGCUGCAAACGAAGUAGAACGUCAGAAAUGGGUGACUGCACUAGAACUUGCUAAAGCUAAGGCAAUCCAAUUGAUGGAAUCUGAUGAUGAGGAGGAAGGGGAAGAGUUCCCUGUAGAGAUAGAUAAACAGGAGCUUAACUCUGCUGUAAAGACAAUGUUGGGACGACUAGAAGAAUUAAAAACGUGUCACGACCUUAUUGAGAAGCAUGGUCAUGCCCUCCAGAGAUCAGUGGCUGAGGUAGAAGGAGUAGCUACUGAGCUCCAACAAGCUACCCUGGACACACAGCUGAAUCCUAAACUGAAGAUCUUGAAUGAGAGAGCUACUCUCUUCAAGAUAACCAGCAACGCCAUGAUGAAUGCGUGUAAUCAGUAUCUAGAACUCACACAAACUCAGGGGAGAAAGUGGCAGAGAUUGCUGGCACAUGAACGAGAACAGAGAUUGCGCUUAGAAGAGAUGGUGGAACAGUUGGCUAGGCAGCAUAGUCAGUUGGAGAAUCAAUGCAAGAAAACGACAGCUACAGUAGUCCAGGCGCGACAAGAUCAACAAGUUCGACAAGAACAAAGUGCGCAUCAGGACACGCGGCCGGAGAGUGGAUCAAAUUCGGAGGAUGAAGACGACUUUCAGGAUGCUGUAGCAGACCCUGAUUAUGAAGAUUUUACUGUUUCCGCUCCUCCACAGAAAAGACGUAGUUCUAGUCGGAGCAGCCAUGAGAGCUGUGUAUCUGAAGGAGCAGAUAAACCUGAAGAGGAAGAUGAGUUCUCUAGUGAUCUAGAGAACAACAGCUCAACUAUCAAUGUGGUGCACAGGAGAUCUAAGUCAGAUUCAGCAGAUGGUCAAGCAUCUCCUUCUACUCCUGUUAAACGUAGUACAGGUAAUAAAUAUUCCUUUAGUACCGAUAAUACAACCUACUCGGUCCAUUGUCAUAAAUUUUUUUACUUUAAAUGUCUGGUUCCCAAAUUUAAGAAUUUGCCAUCCAAGAUCCCUGUCCCCGUGAAUUUCUCCGAACCUCUUUCCAUGCUUCAGAGAUUAGUGGAAGACUUUGAGUACAGUGAUGUGCUGGAUAAAGCUGCCUCCUGUUCGGAUGAUUAUGAACAGAUGGCGUAUGUUGCUGCUUUUACUGUCAGCUCAUACAGCACAACGGCAGUUAGAACUGGCAAACCAUUUAAUCCACUUCUAGGGGAAACUUUUGAAUGUGACAGAAGUGAGGAUCUAGGAUGGAGAUGUAUAUCUGAACAAGUCCUCCAUCAUCCACCUAUGGUUGCACAGUAUUGUGAAUCAGCAGCUGGAGAUUGGAAGUGCUGGCAGGAGUUUACUAUGAGAUCCAAGUUUAAAGGAAAAUAUCUUGAGAUUGAACCAAUAGGAAUCACCCAUCUUGAAUUCCCAAAGACGGGAAACCAUUACACCUGGCGUAAAGUAAAGACGGUUGUCCACAAUAUUGUGAUCGGAAAACUAUGGAUCGACAACUGCGGUGACAUGGAGGUGGUGAACCACAGAACUAAUGAUAAAUGUUACAUGAAGUUUGAACCCUACAGCUACUUCGGGGGAACUCCUAAGAAAGUAACAGGGACAGUUAACAGCAGCGCAGAUAAGGUUGAGUGGGUUCUAAACGGAACCUGGGAUUCAAAACUAGAAGGAUCAAAGGUGAUCGGUGAGGCCAUCGUGAAAGGAAAGUCCAGUCUUGAGAUCGGUACGAGUAAAGUUCUCUGGAAAAGGAUUCCUGCUGAUCCAGGAUCAGAGAAAUAUUAUAAUUUCACAAGGUUUACCUGUGAGUUGAAUGAGCUGGAGGAUGGAGUAGCUCCAACAGAUACCAGACACAGACCUGAUCAAAGGUUUAUGGAGGAGGGAGAGUGGGAUAAAGCAAAUGAAGAGAAGCUACGGUUAGAGGAGAAGCAGCGAACUGUAAGGAAGCAGCGUGAACUAGAAGCUGAAUUAGCACAACAGGAAGGAAGACCUUAUAUCCCGUACUCGGCAACUUGGUAUUCACAGACUCCGGAUCCAUAUAACGGCGGUAAAUCAAUCCAUACAUACCAGGGAGGAUACUGGGAAUCAAAACAGAAACAGAACUGGAGUAAAUGUCCAGAUAUUUUCUAAACUAUGUCUUCGCAGCAAGAGUCAGGACUUUUCUGAACCAUGCACCGUUUUGCAGCUAGGUGCUGAAUUAUCAAAUUAUAUCGAGAGCGUUCGUGAAUUUAGGAAGGGAAUACAUUAUCAAAGAAAUUUGAUUUGAUCUUGCGAUUGUAACUUGGAGAAAAAAUAGUCUGAUCUGAGCCACUCAUAGAGAAGACUGGGGUUUUCUGGAUUUUAAAAAUCAGUAACUUCCGCGCCCGUCGCCCUUCUAUAAUUCACGUACACCCCCUUUAAGGGACUAUCCAUGUAAGUUCAGAUGAUCCUCCACUUAUUAGAGUGCAUGCUCAAUUCCCAACAGUACUCUGUAAACCUUCAUCUCAGCCAAAAUAACGGAGAUCCUUAUGUCAUCUGAAAAUUGAUUAUUUUCUCCUUUAAUGUGAUUUGAGCAUUUAUCCCG